UUCAAAUCCAGAAACAUGUGGCUGUCACUUGCGCUAACGUGCCUAAUUCUAAAGAUUGUAGCUGCCCAAAUACCAGGAUGCGAUUACUUCGAUACGGUGGACCUCUCGCAUAGCCUGAAGCUGCCCAGCGGCUCGUAUCAGUACAAAUGGGUGGUCAUACCGCCAGAGCAGACUGGUGAAUAUGACUUUCAGAUACUGGUGGAUGGAGAGAGGGAGGCAGUGCCCACGCACCUGAGAGGAUGUGCUUGUCGACUGGGCACCUGUAUUCGCUUCUGUUGCCAUUGGCAUCUCUUCUUCGUUGGGAAAGAACGCACGUGCACCGGAGAUAUAGUCAAGGCAAUUGACUGGGAUCCCUAUGUAAACAUUACUCUGGCCAAUAGCACUCAGGUGACGAGGCACGUUCUAAAUGACUUUAUCGUGCAACCAGAUCUGUCUGUACCCUGUUCGGAUGAUGAUUUGAGGAUUUGCCCAGGAAAGACCCUCGACAAGACCGACAAGACCCCCCACAAGACCCCCCACAAGGCCCCCGACAAGGCCCCCGACAAGGCCCCCCACAAGACCCCCCACAAGACCACCCACAAGACCCCCGACAAGACCUCCGACAAGGCCCCCGACAAGGCCCCCUACAAGCAGUUGCCGUGGCGCCCUAACCGACAGGUUUGCCAGGGCCCUAAGAACGAAGGAAAUUCCAAUAGGCGCCAGUGCUCCAACAAUGCCAAUAGGGAGAUGUGGUGGUACGACAGCAGCAGCGGAUCCUGCAAGAAGUUGGCCUACAAGGGCUGCGGUGGCAACAACAAUCGCUAUUGCACUCGCGAUGCCUGCCAGGCCAAGUGCAGCACUCGUUCCGUAUUGUGGAAUUCCAAUUGUAAAAUGGAAAAGUUGCUGCGAGCUAUUCAACGCCUUCUGCCCUCAAAUGCGUCAGAGGGCCGAAUCGGGUCCAUCGAGUUGAACUUGUGGCUGGCGCACUUGGUGGGUCUGCCCCUGUUGGGCCUGAAGCGCGAGACUCCGCGCCAGAAGAUGUGCAUUAUAAUAUUUGGAUCCCUGGUUCUGUUCGCCAUGCUGGGCUAUGUCUAUUGCGAGUUAUACGAUCUGUAUCUCAAUUGGCAUGACUUGGACGCGUUCACACAGAACGUGGUCUUAUCCUUGACACAUGUUGUCUUCUUGCUAAAGGCCUGCAACACGUGCUAUCACUAUGGAUGCCUAAAGGAUGUUAUCCUCAGGCUACGCAGCCUCACACGUCGAUGUGUUCUGUCCGAGCGGCAAAUCGAGACAUUUCAAAGGGCGGAACUGAAGGGCAAGUUGGCGAAUCUGAUAUACUUUAAUCUGGUUCUGUUGCCGAGCGCCAUGGCCGUUGUUUAUAUACUAAUCGGUGAUCCACUCCAAUUGCAGCCAAUCAGUGCUGGCGACAACAAAACGGUUAUCACACUCGUGCCGCACAACUGCAAUGACCCCCCUGAGAGUCAAUUGGUAUACAAUAUACUGCGGCUGUUAUCGAUCAUAUGUCUAAUGUUAACGAUCAUCGUAUACCUGACAAUACCGAAGCUACGGAAUCUACAUGGCUAUUGUUUCACAUGCUACAUGGCCAGCCUGCUGGUAGCAUAUGCAUUACUCCUAGUCGAUGCCUGGAAGGAGGACUGGUCGAAAUCUAUGUGCCAGUUGAAUGGCUAUGUGGGCUACUUUGCUGUCAUGGCCAGUUUCCUUUGGCUGACCGUCAUCAGUUUUGAUCUGUGGAACAGUUUCCGUGGCAACAACUACAACGUUCAACGAUAUACGCCCAAGUACCGAUUCUGGAUCUACAGCCUAUAUGCAUGGGGUUUUGCUGCUCUACUUACCAUCAUUGUGAUUAUCGUCGAUUAUGAACUGGACGACAUGGACGACGACCAACUUUUAUGGAUGCCAGGAGCUGGGCUUUACAAUUGUUGGGUUAAGACUCACGAUUGGUCUGCGUUGCUCUAUUUCCAUGGUCCAAUGGCUCUACAAAUCAUUUUCAACAUAACAAUGUUUAUACUGACUGCCAUUCGCAUUUUGGAGGUGAAGAGGGACUUGCAGAACAUUGGGGCACGCGAGGAUCGUGAACAAAGACUCAAUUCGGAAAGACGAACCUACACUCUGUUUGUGCGCUUGUUUGUCAUCAUGGGCGUGACCUGGACCUUUGAAAUAUUCGCAUAUUUAGCGCAAAAUCAUAAAACACUCGAGAAGAUCUUUUCGUUCUUCGAUUACAUCAACUGUGCCCAGGGCGUCAUCAUAUUCAUCAUGUUCGUGCUGAAGAGCAGCGUCUUGAGACUCAUCUCGAAUCGUAUUCGGGGCAUAGAAUCAGCUGAAGAUGGCAGCGACUCCGAAGAAGAAAUCGCACUCCAAGACAGGAAUGGAGCUGCCAAUAAGAUCGGUCCCAAUAUCUUGAAUUAGAAUACACCAGGUCGACCACAAAAUGCAGAGCUAUCGGAUGAGCAUAUAUCGUUAAUCAAGAGCCGGAGGAUCAGCUCAAAAAUAUUCGUAAAAGCAGCAUUUAUUUAUUCAAAACCAUUUUCGAUUUAUAUAUACAUACGUGCGGAAGCUUAAAAGCACGAGAAGAACUAAUAAUUUCUAUGUCAGCAAAGGUAUUUUUUAUACUACUAACUAUAUAAUAUAUGCAUUUAAAUUGGUAAACAGCAUGAUCAUACCAAA